AUGGGCGUGCACGUGGAGACCAUCUGCCCCGGGGACGGACGGACAUUCCCGAAGAAAGGGCAAACGGCCAUUGUGCACUACGUAGGUCACCUUGAAGAUGGAAAGAAAUUUGACUCCUCCCGAGACAGAAACAAGGCGUUCAAGUUCAGGAUUGGUUGUCAAGAGGUAAUCCGUGGCUGGGAUGAAGGCGUGGCUCAGAUGAGUGUUGGCCAGAGGGCUAAGUUGACAUGCUCUCCUGAUUAUGCUUAUGGCAGCACCGGGCAUCCUGGCAUCAUUCCACCCCAUGCCACGCUAAUCUUCGAUGUAGAGCUCAUGGGACUUGAAUGA